AUGACUUAUAUUGAAUGUAAAGUUUGGCAUUUUCAGGGAGAUGAUGAUAAAGAUCUAAAAAAUCAUAACGAAAUAAUAAAAGCAGCAUCAAAGGAGGUGAUUACCAUAGUUAUAGCUAGAGCUCUGAAUCAGGUCAGGUCAACCUGUGACCCGACCCGACCCGACCUGAAAAAUCCAGGUCAGGUAGACCAAUUUUCAGGUCAACAUCAG